AUGUUUGCGACCAAAGCUCUCCGGCAGGCUGCUGCUGCUGGUCAUGCCGAGCGUACUCCAAUGAUUAAGUUCUUGGGCAAGCGCACAUUCCCAGCCGCUUCAUCCAUCGAUCACACCCCUCACGCACACCCGGCCUCCCCAUCGCACGAGCUCCCAAAAGACUUCACGGCAAACUCCUCUCCAUCCUUCUCAGCAUACAGACAAAAGGCCCAACAACACGGUCCUCUCGGCGGAAAGAGCUCUGGGACUAUUGGAGCUAUCUCAGGCCACUCUUUGGGUUCAGUUGCUCCAGAGAAGGGACAAUUUUUCGACCGAAGCGAGCUUCCCGCACGGUUCCGACGCGCUCCUCUUGAUUUGAGUGAGAUUGACGCGAUUGAGACCGGAGGUGCUACUUUGGCGGUCAAUGGAAGUCCUCUUGGAACGCAGCAACAACCUAGAAGAGAGAGCCCUCACUUGAUGCAAGGUAGCUCCAACUUACGUCAAUGGGGAUUCGAUGCAAGUCCAGUACGUCGUAGUGUGAGAGCUAAUUGUGAUGGUAACAAUGUCAACAGCAUGUGCCACAUUCAAGUCGUGGACCCUGUUAUGCCCUCAGUUUGUUAUAUCUUUACACCUUCUCUACACGGUAUUGAAAUGGUCAACGGCGGCACGACGGUAGUGACAUCGCUCCUCCUUUGGCUUUACAGAAAGACGGACUUCGACUUCCAGACGGGACCUCAGGAGUCAGCAAACGGGCAAGGCGACGCGAUUCCACAUGCCAACCUCAAUCCCUCGCAUGCGAGACGAAUCUCCCGUCAGGCAGCUCACCGCAGAAACCUGAUAGACCAAAAGGGGGAGACAAAAAGUGGGACUCCAGCUUAG